CUACCCAUGCCAUUUAUUGUGUCCUGUGACCAAUUCAUUGUUUUUCCCCCCCUCCCCCCUUCUCUUCCCCUCCAGCAAUGGACUUGGGUCCUGAGCCACCAAUGAAGAGGCCGAGGAGCUCCGAUCCCGACGAGGGCCGGCCCGUGUCCGGGAUGGAGAGGCUGCCCCGUGAGAUCAUCCUCGACAUACUCUCCCGCCUCCCCGUCACAUCCAUCAUACGGUUCAGGCUCGUGUCCCGGGCCUGGAGGGAAUUAGCCCGGGACCCGCUGCUCCCUGAGGCGCAGCUUGCUCGGACGGCGAGGUUCGAGCCGUUCCUGAUCUUUCACUGUGACUCCCCGAUCCGGAACGACCUCUACUUCGCUAAAUUAUUGGCCCAUGACAGGAGCGCUAAGGUCCUGACCAGGAAAUUCCACCCGCCUUUCUGGCACAACAUGGCUGAGUUCGAGGUGGUCGGUUCGUGCAACGGAAUUCUCUGUUUGGCCGAUUCGUUAUACAAGGAAUCGAUAUAUCUAUACAAUCCGUUCACGGGGGAUCACCGGUUACUGCCCCGGCCGAAGCAGUAUCCCAACCAGGAAGCGGCGUUCGGGUUCGGGGUAGACCAGAAGACUGGGGAGUACAAGGUGGUGAAGGUCGUAUACUACACCAAGUCAACCAGCGCGCCCACGAGGACCAGGCGGAUCGCGUACCAGCUCUCCGACCUGCAGGUGCUUACGGUUGGCCGUGACAGAGACUGGAGGAGCCUCGGGAAGGUGCCAUACCAGAUCGCAAGGCGGCCCUCGGAGGCUCUACUAUGCGGGAGGCUCCACUGGGUCACGAGGCCGAGGCGGUACCGGCGGCUCGUGUCGUUCGACCUGUCGGAGGAGCGGUUCGAGGAGGUACCGGUCCCAGGAGCCGGCCCGCUGAACUGGUGCAACUACCAGCUGAUGGUCCUAGGUGGGUCCCUGUCAGCAAUCGUGUACUGCUACCAUGGGAGGAUCGAGAUCUGGGUCAUGAAGGUGUACGGGGAGAAGGACUCCUGGGCCAAGGAAUUCAACAUCGGGGCCCACGUCCCCAAGGGCCUCCGGCAGCAGAGCCUCAACCUGCCGUCGAAGAUCUGCCGGAGCCUCACCGGCAGGGUCAGGGCCCUGUGCAUGCUGGAGGACAGUGGGGAGAUACUGUUGGAGUAUAAGGGCAGGGCUCUCGUGGCUUAUGACCCUAAGAAGGGCAAGUUUAGGGACGUCCUCUACAAGGGCACCCCUCCUUGGUUCCAGGCGUUCGUCCACCUCGGCACCCUAAAUUGGGUCGACGGACAGCCACUCCACUAAUCACCUCGGGCGUGUGCAGCAGGGACGACUCAGGAAUCUAACUAGAAAGGAAGAAUUUCUCUUCGCCUGAAAGUUUCUUAUCAAUGAAUAGGUAUGUCUGCACAAAAAAAAAAAAAAAAAAAAACCUCAUUCCUACCGAAAGAAACAUAUCUCGUUUGCUGAAAGUUCUGUCAUCGAGUCAAUAAUUUGUUCAAUUGGUACCAUUAUUGAUCCAUUACAUGCAUUGGAAUUCCAUUAGAUUUAAGCUGUGUAUAUACUAUAUUACAAGUGAAUUGACAUUGUAGAGGAUUCACCGCUUUGCAUUAA